UUAUCGUGCUCAUUUCAGUGACGUAUGAUCAGUGACGACUGCUGUCAGAGCAGUGCUAUGGUGGAGGCUUGUUUCUGAAUGGUGCACACAGACUUUGUGGACGAUGGAGAGCAAGAAGAGAAGGGGUAUCUUGGAGCGACUAAAUGCUGGGGAAGUGGUUGUAGGAGAUGGAGGUUAUGUGAUGCAGCUAGAGCGGCGUGGCUAUGUGAAGGCUGGACAUUGGACACCUGAAGCUGCUGUUGAACAUCCUGAAGCAGUGCGGCAGCUGCACAGGGAGUUUCUCAGAGCAGGAGCCAAUGUGAUUCAGACUUUUACCUUCUACUGCAGUGAGGAUAAACUGGACAUCAGUGGCAAUGUCACCAACAUCACUGGGGCCCAGAUCAAUGAGGCAGCAUGUGACCUGGCCAGAGAGGUAGCCAAUGAGGGUGAUGCGUUGGUUGCUGGGUGUGUGUCUAAGACUCCCUGUUAUGUGGAGACUCACAGUGAGACUGAGGUCAAGGCCAUCUAUAAGAAACAGAUGGAUGACUUCCUCAAGAAGGACAUUGAUUUCUUUAUAGUGGAGUUCGUUGAUCACGUGGAAGAGGCAGUGUGGGCAGUGGAGGUGCUGAAGACCAGUGGUAAACCAGUGGGUGCAACACUGUGCAUCUCCCCUCACGGAGACAUGAACAACGUUCCACCUGGAGAGUGUGCUGUCAGGCUGGUCAAAGCUGGAGCCGACAUUGUUGGAAUAAACUGCCACUUGGACCCUCUGACGUGUGUUCGUACGGUGAAGUUGAUGAAAGCGGGAUUAGAGAAAGCUGGUCUCAAAGCCCAUCUCAUGAUCCAGCCGCUGGGCUUUCACACACCUGAGUGCAACUUUGGUGGAUACACCAGUCUACCUGAGUACCCCUUUGCAAUGGAGACCAGAGCAAUAACCCGCUGGGACAUCCAUAAAUACGCCAGAGAGGCUUACGAUGCUGGUAUUCGCUACAUUGGUGGCUGCUGUGGAUUUGAGCCCUACCAUAUCAGAGCUAUAGCAGAAGAGAUGGCUGAAGAGAGAGGAUUCCUCCCACCAGCUUCAGAGAAGCACGGACUCUGGGGAGCUGCUCUGGAGAUGCACACUAAGCCCUGGGUCAGAGCCAGGGCUCGUCGAGAGUACUGGGAAAACCUUUUGCCUGCUUCUGGACGUCCCAAAUGCCCUUCCAUGGCCACACCAGCUGCUGAUUAUGAAAAAACAGAUGGAAUCUAACAUACCAACAUAAUCUCUUGCUGUAUUCUUUAUAUGUCUAAUCAGAUUAUCCACUUUUUUCAUAUCAAGAAUGGCAAUCAAGGAUCUGAUCAACCAUAUCUUUGUUUACACAGAGAUUUGUGAAAUGCUUUUUACUGUUUCAAAACUCUCAUUAUUUUCACUGUAUUAUUUGGUCUGUCCAGUUGGCUCAGCCAUAUUAUACUUACAGUCAUAACUUGGGUUCAGUCAUCAGUAAAUCAGCUGCUUCAUUUCUAUUAAACCUAUUAACCUGCUACACACAGUAGGCCUUUUACUAGUUAAUAAUCAUGUUAGUUUUAAAACAUCUUUAUAGGUUCAUCAUAUUUGUUGAUUGAUUGUUUUAAUCUGCUGCGAAAUAUUUUCACUUAAUAAAUACAAAAAAAACAA